CCCUGUCGCGCCUGUGAAUCAUUUAGUUGAAGAGCUACAGUAGACUUCUCGGCUGUUUAGUGUCUUAUGUCUUUGCGAGGCAUUAACAACUGGUUACAACGAUCCGUUUCUACAGAUUUGCCAUAAUGAGGGCUGCUUUCUUUCUUUAUCUGCUGGUCACACUGGUGUACCAUGUGUCAUGCUGUGACAAGGAAACACAUUAUACGAAGGACGGUAAAUGCUGCAAGAUGUGUGGACCAGGAAAGAGGAUGUUGGUUGACGACAAGUGCGAAGACCCAGCAUGUCAGGACUGCCCAAAUGGAGAGUAUCAGAGCGGCUACACAAGCGAAACCAAAUGCGAGCGCCAGCCCAGCUGUGACACCAAUUUACAUUUUAAGCCACAAGAAGAUUAUCCCAGUAAAACCAGUAUAAGCAAAUGCAAAUGUGAACCUGGAUACUACUGUACACAAGAAGAUGACUGCAACAUUUGUAUGGAACACACAGUGUGUAAGCCAGGACAGAGAGUCGCCAAAAAAGGUUCACCGGUCAGUGAUACAGUGUGUGAAGCAUGUAAAAAUGGAACAUUCUCCACUGAAGACUCAGCCGACAUUUGCAAGGAAUGGACAACAUGUGAACAUGGAUAUGAUGAAAACGCUCCUGGCACUUCAACCUCAGAUCGGACCUGUUUGGGUGCACCUAUUCACAGAGUUAUCAUUGGCGUGGGAGUUGCAGUACUUGUGUUGCUUGUGGUCAUCAUUUUUAUUGUUUUAUACAAGAUAAAAAGUAAAAAACAAAGGAUGGAUGGAGUUCCCCAAAGUGGACCCAAAGAAAACCGUCUCAAAUUUGAAAAAGAAGCAACAAGAAACAGAUGUGGAAAGGGCAAUCCAACCAUUACAACAACAGCCUGAAGAGGACAUAGACAACAGCGUACCCGUGAGCCCCACGCCAAGUAACAUGACAGAAAAUGGAAAUUUUGUUGUUCAAGAGCUAGGCAAAGAACAUAUCAUCUCAAGUACUGAAACAAAUUCAUAUUCAUACUCAUAGAGCGAAGUCUUCUACAAAAUACAGAAAUCUGUGCUCCCAUCAUGUUACAACCAUCAGCGUAUAGAGCAUUACAUUAUAAAGCACUGCUUUACUCUAAAUGUCCCCAAACCAGUCAAAAGUGUUUUCUUUUUCAUGACUGAAACAGUAGCUCCUUAGCAUGAGCUUUGUGUUUUACUACUCAACGUUCCUAAGAGUGUUUGCCAUGUCCUGUGGUAGUUAUGAAAUGCUGCUGUGAACUCAAUACAAGUUAAAAAUAGAAGACAAUCAAAACUAUUUAGAUUUAAACAAAAAUGAAACCAGUGAUGGAUUGCACUGACACUAGCGCAGUCUUAUUCCAAAAGAGCGAGGAAGAAAAGCGGUGAAGCACUAUGAGAUUUUCCCUCACGUCAGCUAUAGUUUGAUAAGAAAAAGACUACAGCACCAUGUGAUGCAGAAUGGACAAGAAGAAUGGACAAAACAAAUGCAUCUCAAUGCUUUUGUUUUUAAGAAUGGUGUACUUUAUAUGUAGGAUUGCACACUUUGAAUGUUUUCCAGAAUGCUUGUAUAAACUAAACAUUUUUUUAAAUGGAAGUAGCGUUUUCAGAACUUAAUCAGAACAGCAGGAGAACAUUUUUGGAAGUGUAGCUGGGAUGGAAAAUAGUGCUGUACAAAAAAAAAAAGCAAGCAUAAUAAUAUUAUUAUUAUUAUUAUUUUAUUUUUAUGUAUAUAUUUCUUAAUGUGUUGGCUUUGUAAUCAUUUGUUUGCUGUUAGUCAUUUAAACUGUUAAAUGUUGGGAUAUCUGUGUUGCUUUGUAUUGUGCUAUGUAAAUAUUUCACAAUUUUUGUUUGUGAAUUAUUCUUUUAUUGCAUUUUAUUUCAGGUUUAUGUGGGAAAUAAACCACUCUGUACAUAUUAAAGCAUUCCUUUUUCUCCAUAAA